UCUAGAUGCACAGAUGAAGUAUGUGACUAGCAAGGGCAUCGGUGCCAAUAUCAAGCAGGCUGAUCCUGUAAGUGCAGAACAGGAAGAAUUGUUGUGGAGAACAGGAAAAUUUGGAUAUGAAAAUGCAGAAAGCCUGUUGAAUGCAGUGUUCUUUUACAAUUGUAAAUUGUUUGGAAUGCAAGGCAGAGACGAACAUUACAAUCUUGAAAGUGACCAGUUUAUUAUUUCCGAAGAUGAUGGCGGAAAGUUCAUUCAGUUUAUUGGUAGAGACAACAAAACUUUUAAAGGUGGUUUAAAACACAAAAAGGUGGAGAAUAAAAACAUUAAACACUAUUCUUCUGAUAAGAUAUACAAGGUGUAUCAAGAUUAUACGAGUCUUUUAGGAGACGAUGUGGUAAAAUUUUAUAAACGUCCAAUUAAAGAUACUAAAAGAUUAUCUGCUCAAGUUCUUGGUAAAAACAAACUUGAAAACAUGAUGAAAAAUAUUUGCAGUGGUCUCGAAGGCAAUUUCACAAAUCAGUCUGGAAAGCGCACGUGCGCAACAACCUUGUAUCAAGCUGGCGUUUGCGAACAGAGUAUAAUGGAUCGUACAGGACACCGUAGUGUCCAAGGUGUUCGAAAAUAUAAACGACCCUCAUGUGACCAGUUGAGAGAUAUUUCAAAUGUACUUGAUUCCAAGAAGCAAAUGGUCUCAUCAACAGUGACAAGCGGUGAACUUGAAAACAAUUCUCUUGUGGAUCUUGAAAAGCCUAAGAAAUUAGAAAUGGAGAGUCCUUUUCAGAAAAUCUUUGAAAAGAUGCUAAAACUGUUUACAAUAAUUGUGUAUUUAACUUUGGUAAAAACUGACAAUUUGAUACAUUGGUUUUACAUUUUGGCAUGUGUUUUCUGGCCAAAAUGUCUCGAUUUCUCAGCCUAAUGAGAUUUAUUUUGUGACUGAAAUAAAAUUUCUGUACCUUGCUUCUUGUUUUGUGUUUCAUUUUAUUUCAGGUUAGUUUGCAAUGGUAUAAUUUUCAAAACUGAAAAUUAUACCAUAGUCUGGGUAUGGUAUAAUUUACGGUUAUUGGAAAUUAUACUUGGAAGAAUUUUACAUAAGAAGCGCUGAUGAGCUAUAG